AUGGCUGCUACUUUGAGAUUAUAUUCUUUCCUCUCUGCUUUUGCAGUAAUAUAUUCCUUUCAUCUCUUUGUGGUUUGGCUCACAGAAGCCAGUAAUGGUGGUUUUACUGUUGAUCUCAUACAGCGUGAUUCCGCACUAUCUCUGUCUUACAAUCAAUCUCAUACCUAUUAUGAUCGCCUGCAUAAUGCUUUUCAUCGUUCCAUUUCACGUGUCAAUCGUUUCAAGACAAGCUCACUCCAAUCCAUAAUAAUAGCCAGUGAUGGAGAAUACCUAAUGAAGGUCUCCAUCGGAACUCCACCAGUUGAGGUUCUCGGCAUAGCCGACACUGGCAGUGAUCUCACGUGGACACAGUGUAAGCCAUGUAAAAAAUGUUACAAGCAAAACUCUUCUCUCUUUGAUCCUGACCAAUCCUUAACAUACCAUGUUAUAGGAUGCAAGUCUGGUGCCUGCACUGCAUUAGAGAAAGCUUCCUGCGGCAGUGGCGCCUGCAAGUAUAGUUAUUCUUAUGGAGACCUCUCAUUCACUAAAGGCAAUCUUGCUGUUGAAACAUUAACAAUUGGCUCAGUUUCAAUACCAAAUAUUGUUUUUGGCUGCGGACACCAUAACAGGGGCACCUUUGCUGAGUCAGGGUCCGGCAUAAUCGGCCUCGGAGACGGCUCUUUUUCUCUAAUCUCUCAAUUGAACAAGUCUAUUGGUGGAAAGUUUUCAUACUGUUUAUCUCAAAAUACUACAAGCAAGAUUAGUUUUGGUGAAAAUGCAGUGGUUUCUUCUAGUAGUGCUGUGGCUGAAACCCCGUUGGUUGCAAAAGAACCAACCACAUUCUAUUACCUUACUCUUGAAGCCAUUAGUGUUGGAAUCAAGAGGUUUGUGUACAAGGGCUCGUCUGCUGAAGAGGGUAAGAUUAUUAUCGAUUUGGGGACAACGUUAACCUUUCUUCCACCCAAACUUCAUGCUGAUUUGGUAAUGGCAUUAGAGGAAGCCAUUGAUGCUGAAGUUGUUAGUGAUCCGAUGAAUGUUCUUAGUCUUUGCUUUAGAUCUGAAGUUGAUAUUGAUGUUCCCAUUAUCACAGCCCAUUUUGCAGGUGCUGAUUUAAAGCUGCAAACAUUCAAUACGUUUGUAAGAGUGGAGGAUGAUGCGGUUUGCUUCAGCAUGGUGCCAUCCGAAGAUGUUGCCAUCUAUGGGAACUUGGCUCAAAUGAACUUUUUGGUGGGAUAUGAUCUUGAGGGCAAGAAAAUGUCCUUCCUGCCGACUGAUUACACCAGUGACAAAGGUGAAUUCUCAAUCAAUCCCUAA